AUGAUUAUCAGGAAUACGGAUCAAAAGACGAUGACAACCAGAACUCUGAAAUGGGCAAUGAGUCUCAGAGUGUGUCGGAGGGCAUCAAGGAUUCUACCCGGUCCUUCCUGCUCACCAUCAACCUAAAGGAGGGACGCAACCUGGUCAUCAGGGACCGCUGCGGUACCAGCGACCCUUAUGUGAAGUUCAAAUUGGAUGGGAAGACAUUAUACAAAAGCAAAGUGGUUUAUAGAGACCUGAACCCCAAAUGGAAUGAGAGCUUCUCCAUUCCUGUGAAGGAUCUGAACCAGAAACUGUACAUCAAGGUUUACGACCGUGAUCUGACUACUGAUGACUUCAUGGGCUCCGCUACCGUCACCCUGAGUGAACUGGAGAUGGACAAGGCCAACGAGCUGCUCUUGUCCUUGAACGACCCCAACAGCCUGGAGGAGGACAUGGGCCUCGUGUUGGUGGACAUGAGUCUGUCACUCAGAGACGGAGACAGCAAAAGAGGCCCUCGGUGGCACCCAAUGAGAAAACGAAGUGUUAGGUCGGGGAGCUCUGCUCAGAACCUCCGGCUGUCCGAGUCUCUGAGGAAGAGUCAGCUGUGGACCUCUGUGCUGUCCGUGACUCUGGUGGAGGGCCAGGAGAUGCCGCUGGACUCCCAGGGGGGUCAGCUCUUUGUCCGCUUCAGACUGGGAGAGCAGAGAUUCAAAAGCAAGAAUCACUGCAGAGUGUCCAACCCGCAGUGGAGAGAGAGGUUCACUCUGAACCAGUUUGUGGACAGUCCGGACGCCCUGGAGGUGGAGCUCUGGUCUAAAGAAGGACGGAGGAGCGAGGACUGUUUGGGAGCAUGUGAAGUUGACCUGUCCAGGGUACCCUUUGAUCAGAGACAGCUGUUAACACACACACUGGACCAGGGCAAGGGGCGCUUAGUUUUCCUGCUCACACUGAACACAUGCAGCGGCGUCUCCAUCUCUGACCUGUGUGCUGCGCCUCUCGAUGAACCCCACGAACAAGAGAACCAGCUGGACAACUACAGUUUGAAAAGUUCCCUGAAAAACCUCCGUGAUGUUGGUUUCCUUCAAAUAAAAGUGAUCAAGGCUGCAGAUUUGAUGGCUGCUGAUUUAAACGGCAAGAGUGAUCCUUUCUGUGUGCUGGAGCUGGGGAACGACAGACUGCAGUCCCAAACAAUCUACAAGAGCCUCUACCCAGAGUGGAAUAAAGUCUUCACAUUCCCUGUCAAAGACAUUCAUGAGGUUCUGGUGGUGACUAUCUUUGAUGAGGAUGGAGACAAGGCGCCAGACUUCCUGGGAAAAGUCGCUAUACCCCUGCUCUCGGUCCGCAGGGGACAGCAGAUCACCUACCCGCUGAAGAAGGAGGACUUAGGUGGGCUGUCGAAGGGCACCAUCACUCUGGACGUGGACGUUAUUUUUAACCCUGUCAGAGCGAGUAUAAGGACCUUCCAACCAAGGGAGAGAAGAUUCCUGGAGGACAAUCCCAAGUUUUCCAAAAAGGUUCUGGCCAGGAACGUGAUGCGCGUUCAGAUGCUGUUCAGGGCCAUCAUGUCGACUCUGCACUACAUCAAAAGCUGCUUCCAAUGGGAGAGCGUUCAGAGGAGCCUGAUAGCCUUCCUGGUGUUUCUGGUGACGGUGUGGAACUGGGAGUUCUACAUGCUGCCCCUCUUCCUGGUGCUGCUCAUCGCCUGGAACUACAUCCAGAUCCGCUCCGGGCGGGUCGCUCAGGACGAGGACAAUAUGGAUGUGGGGGAUGAUGAAGAGGAUGAUGAGAAGGAGUCGGAGAGAAAAGGGCUGAUGGAUAAAAUCCACAUGAUCCAAGACACCAUCAUCACUCUUCAAACCCUGCUGGAUGGGAUCGCUAACUUUGGGGAGAGGAUUAAAAACACUUUCAACUGGUCGGUGCCAUUCCUGUCCGGCCUGGCUAUCCUCAUUUUUGUCACUGCAACAAUCCUCACGUACUACGUCCCUGUUCGAUACGUGGUUCUAAUAUGGGGCAUCAAUAAAUUCACCAAGAAAUUACGGAAUCCGUACAGCAUCGACAACAAUGAAGUGGUUGAUUUCCUGUCGAGGGUGCCUUCAGAUGUGCAGAAGGUUCAGUACAGUGAGAGGAGAGGCAGCAGGAAGAAGAAACUCUUGUAGUUCCUCCUCAAAAACUGUUCCCAGACGACCUGCAUGUCUCUGGGUGUGUGGUAGGUUUGAAUCUAAAUCAGAUGCGGUGAUACACAGCGCACCAAACAGACCCUUCAACCAAAGAACUCAUUUUGAGGACCCCGCAGCGGUGACGGAGGAGACAUUUGUUAUUUAAUUUCCAAAGAUUGUAUGUACAGUUUUUUUCUUUUAGAUAAUCAGAAGCUGCUUUAUUUUAUAUAUUGCAUGGCCCCAGGUUAUGUUUUCCUGAAACCAGCAGAAAUAUCAGUUUGUAUUAUAUAGAAUGUAUGUGCUGGGUGUGUAACAUUUGUUCGAUAUUUUUAUGUUAUUUACACUGAAAAUGUGCUGACUUCCAAAAUGGAAUAAUCAUCUAAUGGUGAACAAAGUUGCUGUUGCUGAAAUGAAAGUACAUUUAAUUAUGGGUUACUUUUUAUGGGUUACCAGUCAUCAUAAGAAAUGUUCUUGGAAAAUGGUUAUAUUUUAAAGUGCAUGGUAUUUGUGGUUUAAAAGAAUAUGAUGAAUUUCCGGUUUGAAUGAUUAAGGCUUUCUUAUGUUCAUAUUAUGCUGGCCCUGAAAGUCAAUAACAAAUUUCACAAAACACAACCACAAUUCAGAAAACCCAAUAACAUUAACAGAAACAGGAAAAGGGAGGUAGUCUUUUAAAUGGAUUCCUUUGCUGAUUAGAUGCGUCUGUCAGUCUAAGCAAAGGAUGAUACUUCGUAUUUAGGGCAAAGACUGGCCCACAUAUCCCAUAAUGCCCAGUGGUGGCUAAUUGCUUACGUUUGCUGAGGAGUUGACGCUUUUUUUUUAAUGUUACUUUUUGAGGAAUCCAUGUCCAAUACGUGCCUACAUGUUUCGGUUAUAGGAAAUGUUGUCGUUUUUCUCCAUUGCUGCGGUGUUUUUUGAAAUCUCGUGUUUUCAAAAAAUGUUGUCUUUGAAAAUGUUGUGUUUCGACCAUCAGGGCCACCGUACCAUACAGCAACAUUGAUUAGUAGCAAAUAUUCUGCAUCAUAUCCUUUUUGUUUCUUUCAUUUACCUUCUUUGAAAAUGGAUAAAUGGCUAUUGUGUAAAACAUUGACUGACUGAUUUUACUUUAACGUGACAUUAUGGACUUAUUUUUACAUGCAAAGAUGAUUCCUUACAUUUAGUGUUUCAUUCAAUCUACAUAAAGGAUUAUUGUACUCUG